AUGGAUCCUUCCUUGGAGUUUGAGAAGACGGGUAAGAAGAAAAUUUUCAGAUACAUUUUAUGUGGUUUUUUGUAUUAUCAACGACGGUCCUUUAAAAUUACCGUCGUUGAAUCGAUAUACUAUGUCGGUUAUGAAAAUAGCGUCUUUGCCAAGGGAAAAGGGCAAGCGCCAUACCCCCAAGCAGCCAUUGAUGAAGUCAGAAAUGAAUGGGCAGAGUUUGUUUGCCUUCAUGUGGACUAG